GUGUACACUUUUUAUGCCGUACUCUCUUCCCUCCAUCUCCUUUGUUAAUAGUCGUAUGUUUCGCUGUGUUCAUUCAGGUAACAAAUGCGUCAAAUAUACAUUUUCAAUGUUCAUGCAUAGCCUUUGGUGGGAACGUUGUCACAUCCAAGGUGGCUGCCACGUUGACACAUGUUUCUUGCUCAUUGGCCUAUUUAGCCUGUUUUGCAAAAUUUGCAUAUAAUGCGGUACGAUUGGUGGAAAACUCAACUAAAGACCCGCCUUUCAUCACUGAACCAAUCACAGGUUUCUAUUUACUUCCGGGCAAGACAACGAGCUGAAAGACGCCCUGCAGUAGCCUCGGAUAUUUCGCGCUGACAAUGGAAUCCGGGGGGAAUUUCUCUCUUUGUGGAAAAGCAGCUGUAAUUGAAGCAAAUUUGAGAGACGAUUAUUAUUGGAAGCUGGUGGCAGACUUCGUUGGCCCUCAGACAGGCGAAGGUUUGGAUCUGGACAGAGAGCUUUGCAAAAACAGGCUGUUAAUUCAAAGUGGACUCAUGAGGGAGGACAAUAACUUCCCAUGGAUUUCUGUCAUUGAUUGGCUGAAGAGGAUUUUCCCAGUUUACCAUUCGGCGGACUUUCGGUGCUUGAUCGAAAGAGGCAUUGCCACCACCUUGAGCUUGGCGGGCGAGGCCAGGCAGACGUUUCUGGAUUCGUAUGUGAACUUCAACUUUGUGGGCCCCAUAUGCGACAGCAUUGGUGUUGAACGAGACCACCUUUUAAAGAUGAAAGACUUUUCUGACCGGGCGCAGUCCAUUGAGGUCACCAACGGUUUGAUCCUCGAGCUGAACAACUUUGUGACAAGAGAGAGAGUUUCCCCCAUCAACCUGGUCACCUGGCUGAGGAACUUCAACCCGGAAUACUGCAAAGACGGCAAAAUUCAAAAAGCUUACAAAGUCCUGAAGGUUCAGAUCAAAAAGUUAAAGAUGUGCCACCACAAUUCUCAAACGAGAAGUCACAGGCGAAACUUUGUGAUGGAGAAUUUGCUUCAGAGUCCGUUUGAGCUGGUGAAUUCAAGGGACUACCACAAGACCUCUGCCAAGAAGCGCACACAGUCAUCUCCAGGUGAAAAGAUGAUGAUCAAGGAGGAACAGGAUCGCUACGAAAUCUCUCCCAGCAGGGAGUCAGAGAAUUCUUCGGUAUGUGUGUCAGUCAGCAGUGGUAGCGAGAACGCUGGGUGCAUGCCCGACGUAGCCGCAGUGAAAAAAGAAGUAAUAUUGCCAUCGCUUUUAGAUGUGGCUAUGUUAUCUGUCCAAAAGUUGUCGAGUAUACACCAUGGACAAACCAAAAAGUGCAGGAGAAUUUCCUGGGACCUCCUCAGAAAUCAGUAUGCGCUAACGUGCAAGGAGCACCCCACCAUGGUGGAGUUUGAGAAAAUCCUUCACUCUGUCGGAGAGCAGGUCUCGCUGGCGCCCCCGGUGGUCUUCCUACACCACAACGCCAAUUUUUUAGUGGAUGUGCACGACAUGGUGGAGCAGCAGAUUAUGGCUUUCGAGAGCGAGAUCACCCAGUCACGGGGCGACAAGCUGGGCCGGGACGGAAAUCCCCUUUUUAAGAAUGUGGUCGGCUUCACCGAGAGCGCCACCUCCCGCUUUAUCCACAUGGCCACAGACAUGCUGACCCCUGGCAAGGGGGCUUUGCUGAGCUACAAGAAGCACUGGCUGGCCUUCUGCAAGGAGAAGAAAAACCCCUCCCGGCUAGUCAGGAGGCAGUCGACGCUGUUCAGCAGCUACUUUGAGGCCGCCGCAGGCCUCAUUCACCACCACAACGAAGUUGCGCCCUUCUUCUCUGACAUGCUGGCGCUCAACGACGAUGAGUGCCCCAACGUCCUCCUUGAGAGCGUGGUCGCCGACGCCAGUGAUUCUGUCAUCCAAAGCAUUGUGUGCGUUCUCGCAAUCAUCUACUGCAAAGUAGUGGGCCCCUACUGGCAGCUUCUGAAGAGCACAGGUGAAUACUCCCUCUUCAGCCAGUACCUGCUUUGCCUCUACCAGAAGUUCCUAGAAUGGUCCAAAGACCCCUCCACUCUGAUGGUGCCCGAAAAGGUCACCAAUGUCUUCCUGCAGUUCGCACUGCAAGAUAAGCUGUACAACGGCGUGUACCAAUACUGUGACGACUUGCACACCAACAGGGACCUCAUCAGGGUCUGCCUGAAAAGGAUGAUCAAGGUGAUUGCCGGCGUUGCUGAGGAGCACCUGAAUUACUUCUUGCCGGGAGGACGUUAUGCUAAAGUGCCGUCAUCUGAUUUGAACAUGAAGCUGUUGAAUUGCAAGUUCGCCGUCCUGAUGGCCGACUAUCCCUACAGCACGCCACCAGGGCAAAAAGACAAAAAAUGCCCCACGGACUCUGAUAGCUCAGAGGACUUGAGUUCGUCUGACGUUGAAGACCAUAUCGACGGGCAGACUCCCAACGCUGCCAGCGGGGCGCAUUGGGUCAAAGGUCGGGGACGGCAGAAGAUGGUAAAACGUCCAGCAAUUAAGGCUGUCAUUUCGGAGUGCAUGGACCUGGAUUACAUCACCGCCACCGUGGAUAGAAAUGGGGGGCCGUGCCGCACCCAGCAGGAUGUGGACAAGCUGCUCCUGCGCUUGGCCGACAGUGACAGGCAGACAAAGUGCGAGGCGAUCCGAUGCGAGAUUGCCUUUCAGAAAAUGGUGCUGCACAACACCGACCCCAUCCUCAACUCUAAUUUCCGCACCACCACCGACAUGACGAUAAAGUUGAAACUCUCCCUGCCCCGCCUCAAGCCGGGCUACUCGAUCGUUUUGGCCCCCAGGAAGACUGCGGUGAGGAAGUGCGUGCGUCCGAGCAUGGAGAGCAGCCAUCCCAAACCCGAAGUGAACCAACAGGUGUAAUAUUGUCAACGAAUUAGGGGCAUUCAUUCACAAAGCAUAAAUAUAGCUCAAUAGCUCAGUCUUUCGCACUCAAAUGCAAAUAUCAUGUUGGGGUGAGAGGGGGCAUUGGGCUUCAUUUUAAAUAUGCUGUCAGGACUGACUGACAACUGAAUUGAUGGAGUACUGUAUUACCGGAAAAAUAAAAAAAUAUCUGUAUGGUUA